AUGACAUUAGAUUAUAAGUAUAAUCUUAAAGACAUGAUUAUUAAAAAAGAUUUUAAGAACAUGAGCACUGAUAUUACCCUUCCUAUUUUGGCAAAUAAUUCUAUUAGAACCAUCUCUAUAUUGAACUAUUUGUUGAAUAAAAACAAUGUUCAUAAGUGUUUUAUUUGUUUGGCUGAUAACAAUAUCCAGAUUAAAAGAAUUAGUACUUGUGUAAUCAGUGUAACUUGCAAUAGUAAGACUAUUCAACGCAAGUUUAAAGUGAUGAAUUUAACUAAUAGUCAUGAGUAUGAUUUCAGUAUUGAUACUGAUUAUAUGUCUUCUCUCAGUAUUGGUAUUUAUGGUUUAUCUUUAUCAUAUGAUAAUGCUGAUUCAAGUGAGAAACACAAUCACAAUAUUCCUAAGGGUUCGUUUUGUACUAUAUCUGAAAGUGUUGUAUGUUUGGAUACUUCAGAAAAUGCUACGAUGUUCAGAAGCCCUUAUCUCAUUUCUUACAAGAUGCAAGAUGUAGUGGAUAAACAGGUGAAAGAAUAG